GUGGGGCUACGUGUUAGCGCGCAUGCGCAGUGCUGCCCCGCCGGGUGUUACCGACCGCGUCCCGGCGGCGACUUACGAAAACAGGCGGAUUUGGGAAAAACAGCCGGGUUGGGCGGAAAAUCUGGCUGUUCUCCCCUAAAGCAGGCGGUUCGUAAGGAACGGCGGGCUUCUGGGGAGAGCGGAACUUCCAGAAAGAAAGAAAAGGAAAAAAAAAAAAAAAAAGACCAACAAGAAAGCAACCCAACUUCUAGAAAGCAGCAGAUUUCCCAAAGAAAAGUAACUUCCCCCCUUAAAAAAAAAAGAAAAAAACAACAAAAAAGCAGCGAGCGAGGUGGUAUCUCCCUUUUUCCCCAUGGCGGAGGGGCUCUGGGCACGGCCCCCAGCCGGGAAUGGCUCCGAGUGCCCCGACGGCGCCCGCUGGGUGCUGCGGCUGCUGGGCGAGUGCGCACGGGACGGGCGGGACGUGGGCAGUGCCGUGCUGGGGCUGCUCUCCAUCGCCUGCUUCGCUGCCGCCGCGCUGCCGCAGUUCUACCAAGCCUGCAAGACGGGCAUCAUGGACCGGGCGCUCUCCAUUUACUUUCUGCUGGGCUGGCUCGGUGGAGACCUCCUGAACCUCAUCGGCUCCUUCCUGGCGAAUCAGCUGCCCCUGCAGGUGUACACCGCUGUGUACUACGUGCUGGCAGACCUGGUGAUGCUUUCGCUGUACGGCUACUACAAAGCCAAGAACUGGAGCACAGGAGCCACGGCCUCCAUCAACGCCGCCUGCCUCUUCUGCCUGCUGGGAACGGCCACAACCCUCACGGUGCUGGGCCACGACGCAGGCCCGGCCCCCGACCCUGCGGCAUUCAGAGGGAGAUCUCUGCUCUCCUUGGGCCUGGAGGGGCCUGGCCCUGAGCCCAUCAGCAAGAGUGAGAUCAUCGGCUUCGCCAUCGGCUCCAUCUCCUCCGUGCUCUACCUCUGCUCCCGGCUCCCCCAGAUCUACACCAACUACCGGAGGAAAUCCACGGCCGGGGUCUCCUUCCUGCUCUUUGCCCUGGUGAUGCUGGGGAAUUUGCUGUAUGGCACCAGCGUGCUGCUGAAGAACCCGGAGCCGGGGCAGAGCGAAGGCGACUACGUCCUGCACCACCUGCCCUGGCUCAUUGGCAGCCUGGGUGUCCUCUCCCUGGAUGUCAUCAUCUCGUUCCAGUUCCUCGCCUAUCGCACAGGACAGCCCGGCGCUGGCGAGGAGCGAGAGGCACUGCUCGCUGAGCAAGCUUUCCUACCACCACCCUCCCGGAGGAAGGCACACAGCCUGGGUGCUCCGUGGGACUGCUUGAUGCCUCUCUCCUUACCCCUUUGUUUCCAGACUCCCUGGCCUUCCUGCACACAGUGGGUGAGUUUUUCUCCUCCGGUCCUUGGCGGUUUCCCCAUCAGGGCUCGCCUGCCUAUUGCCAGCCUCCAGCCAGCAGGAUUUCCUCUGCUCCUUUCUCCAGGAUUUCCAAGGGAAACGUCUCUGCUGUUCUCCCGGCUGGGUAAUGGCCGAGCACGGGUGAGCAAAGGUUUUCUGAAAGCUGGAAGAACAGCCUCUACCUAAGGGGGUUCAACAACAAAAAAAAAAAGUAGUUAUUCACACAGUGUAA